AUGAAGAAGACGCAAAAGCCCACCUGCCUCGAACGGCGACUUCUUUGGGGACUCUUAGAGGUGCCGGACCCAGAACCCGACACGCACACCAACAAACAGAAGUUGAGGGACGCCAGUGCACCCCUGACCAAAGCAGAGGCUCUCUCUGCUGAUGAGGCAAGGGUCUACCUCAAGAAUCACUCUGACAUGGAUGUGUGGAUGGCCACGUUGGUACCAAAAGGAACAAAAUGGGGUGAUAUGUGUGAUGCAGACAGCGAGGACGAUGAGGCGGACAGGCUGGUCUUCAUCAUCAUCCCAGUUCAUUUCGACAAGCAUGAGAAAGCCCCGAUCCAGGAAAAGCUGGGCCCCCGGGCUGGGGUCCUCAAAGAUGUGCUUAUCGACAGUGUUUCCAAGAAGUCUACAGAAGUCUCCUUUGGCGAAAGCUCGACGUGUAAAGCUCGAGCUUGGGGUUGCUGGGUGCGGCCAAACCCAGCAGCUGCAAGGAAAGGACACUGCAAGCUAUGCCUUCGAGCGCCUUGCAGACAUGGUAGUAAAUGCUCGCGAAAAAACUUUAACUGCACGGAGUUUUGCCACAGAGGAGCCGCCAAUGCAGACGGAAUUCUUGGCUGCUAUGUCAACUCUUGUGAUGCUAAGAGACAUUCGGCUGCUCUCAGAAGGAUCAUGACCAGCGUUUGA